AUGAACCCGACCUCGGAUGCCGCCGUGCCAACCCCGACGGGGGCCAUUCGCACAGAUUCCCGAAGGAAGGCAUCGGGGACUAUCGCGAAAAGAGCGUGCGACCAAUGCAAAUUCCGCAAGAUCAAGGCAAGCAGACGUCUUCCCCCCCUUCCUUUUGCCACUCCAACUCCAACAGUGGGGGUGGGUGCUAACCUAGUCAGUACGGCUCAACAGUGCAGUCUGUCGCACCCAUGUAAGGCCUGCGUUUCGAUGGGCUUUGAUUGUACCUUCUUUCAACCGCAGAAGAAACGGGGUCCAACCGGACAUCGCGUAUCGCAAAUCCGACAGCAGCAAACCCAUUUGCCGCCCAAAAGCCCGCGGCCUCAAGCCGGCUCUCAAUCGUUUCCCGCCCCCGCCUUUCCCUAUCCACCGGACGCCCCGUUGCCGGAGGGAGAACAGCUCGGCGCGGUUCCUCCCAUGCAGGAGCCCGCGCCGUGGCACAUGUCCGCUGAACCUCAUCAUCUGCCCGUCGACCUUGCGCCUGCCCACGCCCCUCCUCCCAUUGCGCCCGGAUGGGGUGCAGAUGCCUCCUCGGUUGAUUCUCAUAGCAACAGCGGAAUCAGCUGGAAUGAGAGAAACGAUGUCGAGUAUUGGCUUCCCGAUAAUCUGGAUGGCCAGAUGCCAAUCUUUGAUUUCCCGGGUAGUAAUAUCUACCUGAAAACGUCCCUGCCGUCCAUCAUACAAACCGACGCGGCGGAUCCGGCGCGGUUACCUCAACCGGUCGAGUCUUCGAAUAUCCCCGUGCCAAGUGUUGGGCCCUGUGCCCCCGAAUCGGGUGGACCGAAGACAAUAUGGCCCCCUUCCAUUGUCGAAGCAAACAUGAUACCCUGGAUCGACGUCUACUUUGACCGCUUGCAUCCGACCUUGCCCGUCUUGAAUCGGUCGUCCCUGUUCGUCCGAAUGUUGUCCCAGGAGCACCGGAGAAACCCACAGUUUGGCUCGAUGUUAUUGUCACUGUGUGCCUUUUCCUUAACCCAACCAAUUGAAAUUGACGAACGCCCGACAUCUCAAUCCCGCGCCGGUCAGGCUAGAUUAAUGAUGAACGAAGCCACCAAGAUGCGGAGCUGCUCUGAUUUCGGGGAGCAUCCGACUAUCGAGGCCGUUCUAACGAGCUUCUUUCUCUUUGGCUGUCUCUUCGGCAGCAACCAGCAUAAUGCAGCGUGGCUCCGUUUACGAGAAGCCCUUGAUCUCGCCGCUACCUUGGGUCUCAACAACCCCGACUCUUAUAGGGAGCUUUCUAGUGAAGAGAAGGGUCAGCGUUUGCGAACGUAUCUUGUUUUAUCCAUCACGGAGAGAGCAUAUGCGCUGCAGCGGAGACACCCCAUAACCUUUUGGGGAAAGCCAGGGUUUAGUAUGCGCUCGGUUCACGAUUUCAUCCACAGCGCAACGCAUAGUCUGGUAUCGGGUAUCAUUGUCCACAAUGAAAAAGAUGCCAAAGGCAUGAUGGGGCUAGCCCGUUUAAUGGAACUGUUUGAUGCAGUGGAUGAGGACGUCGUGGAUUGCUGGAAUCGACGAUGCAGCAUUAAUGCUGGAUAUUGCGACAGGCUUACGGAGGCGAAGGCCCUAGCCAUUCACCAAAACCUUAGUCGUGUCAGUGAAUCGGAGCGAUAUAAGGGGUACGACUGGUUUGAGCGCAGCAAGUCUGCUUCAGGUGGCUCUCGCGGGGCCCAUCCGGCCAUGGGUCUGCGGGAGACCCAAUGCGCCGAUGUCUUCAUCACCAAAAAGUGGCUCCAAAAUCGUGUAUGGGUUUUAUGCUCUGCACAUGGUAUUCUGAAGCCCACGUCAGAUCACGAAGAGCUCUCUUUUACCUAUGCAGUUUCCGUUGCCAAGGACACUCUAAGGAUUUGCCAGUCGCUACGCCUCAGCUCCAUGGAGGCACAUGGAAUAGGCCUUGUUGAAAAAUUGUAUGAUAUCGCCGUCAGUGCUAUUAGUGUAUCGCCCAACGCUCGGUCCCCCGGAGGAGAUGGACUCGUUCUUGGCCCCACCGUUGAGAAUGCGCCUGGCUCUGGAGUAUCGUCUACAACCCUGACAGGGUCGAUAUCGCAAUCUCCGCGCGCCGCCUCGUUAUCACAUUCCCUGGCCGAGGAUUUCUUAUUGCUGCUAAGCAGUCUCCGGGGCGGCAAUCACCCAUUCUUGGAAAAGUACAAGACGUUCUUGAGUACUUCGCAUACAGACGACAAAGCAAGCGCGAGCUGGACUCCCUCAUAA